AUGGAUGCAAAAGAGGCCGAUGGGUGGUAUGAUGUGAGUUUUCAAUGAAGUUGAUUCCCUGAACUGAGCAUCCUUUUCUGCAAAAUGAGUCGUGCAAAGAGUCCAUCAUUUCGAGUGACUUCCCGUUUCCUCAGUUCUUUCCUUUUCUUAGCAUCCCCUGGGUAUAAACCUCUCGAUUUAAUUAGAAUUGGCACGCAUCUUUGGGCGCCAGAUUUCACAAGCACAAAAAAUAUAGUAUCUGGUCGAGCAUCUCUUUCUUCUUCUUCUUCGCUUCCGUCCCUCUCCAUUAACAGCGCUGCUCCUCAUUUCGAAGACGUCGCCGAAACCGCCGCCGGAAAACUAAUUAGUUUGAAACAUUUCUGUUUUUGUCAGCCGUCCCCUUAUUCUUGUCGCCCCCAAUGAGACUCAUUCUCUCCUUACUUUCCAAACAAUUUAAAGUCAAUCGGGUUGUGUUUCGCACCCUGAAAACUGUAAAGGUACAAGUGAACUUAGAAUUGAUAUGGAGCGCGUAUUUUGCAGACUGCUCUUCCAAAACCCCCAGUCCCAUCUCUUGAAUCUACAUUAGACAGGUAUUGAACUGUAUGCCGGCAACUUAUCCCGUCUCAUUUCCCAUUAAGAUAUCUCGAGUAUGCGGCAGUCGUGGCAGUCGGUCAGAAGGCAUCUCUGGCGGCGACGCACGAUGCCGCCCGAAACUUCGUCCGUCAAGCUACUCCACUCCAAGAACAGCUUCUUGAAAUAUCUGAAAAAUCGCUCAACUGGGUACAUUCCCGUCUUUCCUUCUAUUCUAAUGCCUUCCGUUCAGGCGACCAAGUUCUGGCUUCCGGAGAUGUACAUGAGAGUUCGCAUGCCAACUCCGGUCAACUCGAACCCGGGAUAUAUCUUUCCGAAGGUGAAGUUCGAAUCGAAAGAAGAUCAUCUCAAGUACACUGCUCUGCUCACUCGCGGACUGCUGCAGUACAAGAAUCUGAUUGACACGUUUGUGAUAGCGCUAUUCCUUCAACUAUCCUUUUCUUCAGAAAGCAAAUCUCUCGCGAAAAAGGGACGGGAGCCCAGAAACUGCAAAUGUGCAUGGAGCAGUACGACCGCGUACUUAGCUCCUAUCGGGAGCCGGGUGUUGGCGAGGACACUCAAAUCCGCAAGCAGAAGACGCACGAGGGAAAUGAGCACGUGCUCGUAAUGUGCCGCAACCAGACAUUCGUGCUGCACACUCGGAUCAACGGAGGCCUCCUUCCGUUUGCCGACUUGGAACAUCAGCUGAAGAAGAUUGAGGAGAUUUCGUUGAUCAAUCAAAACGUUUGUGAAAUUUUGCAAAUGUCAAGUUGCAACUGAACAUUUCAGAACGCGACUAAGAUCGGUGCUUGUGGAGUUGGUCCGCGUGAUGAAGCAGCCAUUUUCUGGCAGGAAAUGCUGACUGUCGAGCAGAACUCGAAGUCGUACGAAUGGGUGAAGUCCGCGCUGUUCGUAGUGUGUCUAGACAUGGAAGAUCCAGUAGAUUAUGGGGCAAACGGUAGCAGAUUACCUAUAAUCAUCAGAUGGAAACUUUGUAUUCAGAUACAGCGAACGUAGCUGAGAAGGAAAAAGAGUUCAUUCUGCGUGGAUAUCACACACUAACCGGACACGGAUCUCAAGUGUUCGGACUCAAUCGUUGGUACGAUGCGACUAUUCAACUGGUGGUUUCCUCCAGUGGAGUCAACGGACUCUGCAUCGAACACUCUACGGCGGAAGGCAUUGUGAUAAUUAACAUGGCUGAGAGUGCAAUCAGAUUUGCUCAGCAAUACUUCAAGAGCAAAAUGGUAAGUAUUCUGGGCUUUAUCAAUCUCAUGUUGCGCUGUUUAACUAGGUGUGGAAUGACGUUCGAAAUGUUCAUCCGAAGUCUUUGACGUGGCAUUUUAGUGAGAAUGCGAGAAAGCUAUUAACGAAGCAAACUGCGACAUUCGAUGAGCUCGCUAAUGAACUCGAGUUAGAGGUGCUCAUUUUCGAUGAGUUUGGAAAGGAUUCCAUCAAAAAGUGGAAUGUGAGCCCAGACGGAUUCAUCCAACUCAUCCUGCAAUUGGCCCAUUACAAGUGAGUUCCAACUCACUUUCAUCCAUGAACUGAAUGAUUCAGAACGCAUGGUCAUCUCGUGUCAACUUACGAGUCCGCAUCCGUCCGUCGGUUCGGGUGCGGCAGAGUUGAUAACAUCAGAGCGAACACGCAGGAGGCACUCGAAUGGGUGACUGCAAUGACAAGCAAAACGACGAGCAGAGAGAAGAAGCUGGAGUUGUUCAAGGCGGCGGUGCAAAAGCAAGUGAAGGUCACUUUGGAGGUAUACAAAACUGACAUCGCACACAUGGAUGCACGUUCGUUUUUCAGAAUAUCAGUGGAUACGGUAUCGACAACCAUCUGUGUGCUCUAUUCUGUCUUGCUCGCGAGAGAGAAGAAGUGACCGGCGAGGAGAUACCCUCUCUGUUCAUGGAUCCGCUUUGGUCCGAAGUCAUGAGAUUCCCGUUGUCGACAAGCCAAGUGACCACUUCCCUCGACAUUCCCGACUGCUACCUGACCUAUGGAGCCGUGGUCCGUGACGGUUACGGAUGUCCGUACAACAUCCAGCCGCGACGAAUUCUGUUCGCUCCGACUGCUUUCAAGAACGACCGACGCACCGAUUUGCAGCAUUUCAAGAAGAGUCUAUCUGCGGCGUUGAGAGAUGUGAAACAGCUUUUGAGCAACUGA